UCUUAAAAUAAGAUUGUAAUACUAAUAAUACUAUGCUAAUUAAUCUCUUAAAAUUAACUGAACAUUAUCAGAAAAAGAAGAAGAUCAAUGAAGCCAUUAAAAUUCAUCAUUCGAUUUUUAAGUGAUUGCUUUGCAUCAGAUUCAUUUCCUCGCCCCAAUGAAUCCAAUCUUGCUUUCAUGGUUUGUGUAAUUAAAAUUAAAGUUCGUUCAAGUGGUUGGCAAAAGGCAGUCAACAGAGUAUUGAGAAGCACCAACGGAGUUCGUCAAUUCAAAUUUUCAGAAGGUGGAAAAGUAACAGUAUCAGGGAUUGUAGAUCCAACUCUUCUAAUGAAAAAUUUAGCUAAAUCUGGCAAAUCUGCAGAAUUAGAAUGGAUUCAAUAUGGUCAAUGUUCAAGCAAUUUGUUUCUUCCUCCAAAACCCCCAAUCAACGGAUUUCAAAAUCAAGGACCAUUUCGUAAUUUCCAUCAUUCCAGGUUUGCUCUGCACCACCACGGCGGUCACUACGGCCUACCUCCGCCGCCCUACCCACCUUAUCCCAUGGUUGCGCCGCCGCCGGUGUUUUAUUAGUCUGCUUCUACAGAAGGGCAUAUAAGUAAUUGCAACAUACUAUGUAACUAGACUCAAAUCGAAAUCUAUUUAUGUAAUUUUUUUAGUAUCUGCAUUGAUAGCUCGAUUAUAUUAAGAGCUCGAUUGUAAUUGAAACUUAUGUGUUGCGAAGCACACUUUUUAGGGCCGUGCUUCUGACUUGAGUUUUUGAUUUUUGUAAAUUAAACUCGAGAUUUUUAAUUAAUUAAUUAUUUUUUUAUAA